GAAACACAGGAAAGCAGACCCACAUCCCAACUUUGCCGCUAUGUAUGGCGCCGGCAGAAGCAGACCCUGCUGACUAUCGGCCAGAGGCGGACGUUGAACGCUUGGCGCGUUAUUUCGCCCAACGUUAUGGGGGCGAUGACAGCCUACUGGAAGCCCGCAAGGCUUUGGACCCGGAGGUCUCCUUUGAUCUUCCAGCUUUUGAGCAAGCGCUCAAGAAGUGGGGUGUCAAGGUCGACAAUGCGGUGGAACUCUUUUCGCACAUCGAUGUGGACUUCAGUGGCAGCAUCUCCGUGGAGGAGCUCUUGAAUGUCCUGGGCUCCCCGGUGGAAGAGAUCACACGGAGGGAGCACCAACGGCAGCGCCAAGAGGUGAAGAGGAUCUUCGAGGGACUGGCACGCAGCAUCGUUGAGAAGUUCGGCAGCAUCGAGGAUGCCUUUGCCAAGUACGGCCUACAUGGCACUGAUUCAUCACUCAGUCUGGCACAGUUGGGAAAUCUGGCAAAGCGGCUGGACAUCGAACUGGAGCCAGGGGUGUUGCAGCGCGUUUUCAACGAGAUUGACGAGGACAAUACCAAGAGCAUCUCCGUACAAGAGUUGCAGAAGGCCUUGAUGUACCAUAUUGUGGGCUUUGUGGUGGUUGAGGUGGCCAACUUCUUGGAACAGAAGCCUGGUGGAAUUGUGGAAGCCUUCGGGGAGUUCAUUGCUCCGGGCUCUGUGCCCAAGGUGGCCCCGCCCGUGCUGCCGGGGGCGCCCAGGGUGCCGACUCCUCCAAGGUUGCCGGUGGGAGAGGAGGGUGUCUCUGAAGAGAAGUUUUUGAAGGUUCUGCGGCAGCUCAAGGUUCUAGAACACAUCGGCGAGAGCCACGCUUUGAUGAUUCAUUCUGCUCUCAAGCCUUUUGCCAUGGAGGAUUUUGUCAGGAGGCUGCAGGAGGAGCACCGCGUAGCCAGCGAGAUGAAGAAAAGACAGAAGGAAGAUGCUGAGAGGCAUGAGAAGGAACGGCGCCGCCGCUUGGCAGAAUCCUUGAAGAUCGACAGCCGACCCCGGGCGGAGAAGGAGAUCAAGGCUUGGUUGGAACAGGCCUCCCAGAUGGAGGAAGCAACUCUGGUGACCGAGAAGUGGGCACGUUUGGCGCGCUCUGGCGAGUCGAAGACGCAACUUCGGGAUUAUGUCUCUGUCCUGGAAACCUUGAUCAAGUCCAAACGGGCAAACAUCGAGGAGUUAAGACUGCGGCUGGAGCGAAAUGGUGUUGCGGAAGCGCCCCGAAUUCCCGCAGGAGAGAGGCACUUGAUUGACAGCUCUGCCAGCCCUAGCAAGCUGGCGCCGGUGCCCGGCCGCAAGCUCCACGCGGCGGUCGCUCCGGCGGCCUCGCCCGUGGCGCACUCGCCCGCGGCGUCGCCGGCGUCGCUGCGCCCUGAUGACACCAUGCACUCGGAGCACCGCACCAUGCAGGCCGAGCGGCUCCUGCAAGCCGCGGCCCACGGGCGGCCCACGGCGGUGCAGAGGUGCCUCACCAGCCGUGCCGACAUCAACGCCGUCGCGUGGAGCGGAGUCACGGCCCUGAUGUGUGCUGCGCGGCAUGGGCGUUUGGAGGUGGCCCAACUUCUUCUGGAAAGUUCGGCAGAUCCUGUGCGCACAGACAUGCUUGGCCGCACGGCCCUUGACCAUGCCCGUCGCCAGCCUGCCCAUGUGCAAGAGUGGCUUCGGGGGCAUCGCGUGCUCGGGCGCCAGGAAUUUGAGAGGAUGGUUCAGGUGCUGGGACGCGAGCUUUUGGUGACCGAACGGGAGUGGAAGAGGCUGGAAGGCAUGAGGGAGUCUAUCCCCAGUGAGGACGUCCAGCGGCGGACCAAACUCAUCAACCGUCUCGGGCCAAAGACGCUGUCUCAAGAUAAUGGUCAGGUGGGCGCCUUUGGCUCGCCCUACCCUUCGCCGGCCUCCAUCCUGGGACAGGGUGUCUCUCCCCUGUCGCUGGGACGGGCUGUGAGCUUCCCUCCGAACUUGCCGACGCCAAAGGCACAUUUGACCACGCCGGCAUGAGCCUGGAGGCGGCCGACAGGAGGCCUGCGUGGAUUUGCAGAUUGGGCGGCGAGCUCAAUGAGUUUGAGAUGGUUCUUUAAGCUUUCUCUCGAUAUCAACCCCGCAACACAGACUUGCUGCAAACACACAGUGGUUUUUUGAGCAUGUUCCACUCUAGAGUUACAGCUUGCAGUUUGCGUCUUCUGACGCACUUGGUCGAAAGACUAGAAAAGACGCCAUUGGUUUCGUGGUCCAUUUGGCGAUUCAAAGAGUCCCAGACCAAACAGUGUAGGUUCCCCAAACCAACUUCGCCCUCCUUGUGUUUGUGGG